UUGAAUGACGUGACUUAGACUUUUCUUACUCAUUUCGUGACUUGAUUUAGAUGUAUUAACUUCGCAUAUUCAGUCCACUCUACCGUGUUACUCCACUAAAUCGGAGCUUAAAUCGGUUAAAUCAUGACCUAUCUCUACCUUCCUUCAUUUUCACCUACCCAUUUUGUACUAUAAAUAAUCCCCCUCACUUGUUCACACUCACACAACUCAACCACAUAAGAUUCAGAAUUUCUCAGAGGUUCAGUUUCCCUUUCCUCUCUUCUAGUGAGUGUCACUCUAUAAUUCUCUGAGAUAUCAAGAUGAAGCCAGCAUUUGCAGCUCUUCUACUUGUGUGUCUUAUCCUCUGCUCAUCUAUGUUUGAAAUCUCAGCACUUGGUGUUGGUGCAGGUAGUUUCUGCUCGGCGAAGUGCAGACAGAGGUGUUCGAAAGCUGGGAGGAGAGACAUGUGUUUGAAUUUCUGUGGAAUAUGUUGCAGUAAGUGUAAGUGUGUGCCAUCAGGGACAUAUGGUAACAAACAUGAGUGUCCUUGUUACAGAGACAUGAGGAACUCAAAAGGAAACCCAAAAUGCCCUUAAUUCACUUCUUCUCUAGUACCAUGUUAUGAAAUAUAUUUUCAAAGAUAUUUGGUCUUGAUAGUUGAUCAAUUUUGAUGAGAAGGAGAAUAAAUAUGGAUCCUCCAUGAAUGUGUAAUGUGUUAAUCAAGCUCUAUGGUUGUUUUUAGUUAAUAAAACUAGUACUUUCAUUCUCA